AUGGAUGCAAUCCAAGAAGUGCAUGUCGAAGGCUUUAAAGAUUUCAUCCAGUUGGUUACUCAUGCUGACAAUAUUCAGCGACAAUUGAGGAUUUCUUCAUUGUUCAUUUAUUCUUGUGAUGACGAUGGUAUGAACGUUUAUGCUAAAUCUAGCCAAGUAAUGAACGUACUAGGACAACUCAAAAGGUUAUCUGUAUGUUCCAACAGUCAAGUAUGUCUUCAAGUCUUCUCGAGGUUGCGGGAAACUUAUGGAGAUGGUUGCUUGAGUAACAUUGAGGUCCUUUCAUUUCUGCAUUUUCACAUGACCGGCCCGUCACUUGACCACCAAUCACAGAAGAAAUUGGCACUCACUGACAUCUCUGCACUUCUAGGUAUCGAACUGCUUAAAUCAUUGAUCGUCAAUAUAGGCUGUCAGAUUUGCUUCCAGUCCAGCCUCCAUGGUUCUUUCAAUCCCGACGAGAGACCGCAAUGUGAUUGCUUGCAACAAUUCUUCGAGGAGUUACUUGAUCUUGUAUUGAAUUGUUCAUCGAUUGAGAGAAUAAGUAUCAAAAAUCUUCAAAACAAGCUCCAACCAAAUCUUACUGCCACAUUUCACUUUAAAAUUCUUUUAUCUGACUUCCUAGAAAGUAUUAAUCUAGCUGGCAUCUCCUUGAAACUUUUUGCUUUGAAUACCAGUUGUGAAUUGGCAUUGCCUGAUACCGUUCUAGUUCCCUUUCUAGUUGACAGGAUGAAUACUGUCAAUGAGACCUUGAUGUUCCAACUAUCACAGUUAGAGGCUAACGUCGUUGCUAUCCUGGACUAUUUCGAGAGUUUUUUUUCGUGGUCAAGUCAGUAUCGUUCGAAAGAUUCUGGUGUUCAUUUCCUAUCCACACAUUGUGAAGAGUGCAAAAAGAGUUCUCAGAAAAUGGAGAAAUUUAUUACUGUGAACUCAAAUAUUCAAUUUUAUCUUAAUCCAAUUUACAAAACAACUUUGACGGAACUACGUUACAACUUAUUGCAAAGUCUUCUCCAAAUUCUCAAUUGUCCUUCUUUUGCAAGAUUCAAAUUUAACCAGAACAAUCGCAAUGUGCCUUCCAGUAACGAAAUUAACCAGUUUAUUAGUAACAAUAACGGAAGUCAAAUAAUCGAUCAAGAUUUGCUUUUGGAUGAGGAUCUUUCUUUGCAUCAUAUCUUCAGGCACAAUGACUACAAAAGAAUGGUUGAACGUCCGAGCCGCGAAUUUGACAAGGUAAGCGAAGUCUGUUGCGAUUGUGAUGGGUAUGAACUUGCAACUUUUGCGCAGUCACUUCGACAUGUACUCGAAGAUUCAAAACUCAGCAAUGGUCAUACAACUAUUCUUAAUGGCUUCAAGUUUGAAACUGGUUUUGAUUCUUCAGAGGCUUUUUUUAUUCAUUCACAAGAAAUUGGAGUGAUAGACGCCUGA